GUUCCAUUUUCCAAAAAGAUUUGGCCUUGAUCAUAGUAAUUUAAGGUCAAAUAAAGAACUUGUCUAUGGAUUUGACAUUGCCUCUGACUGCAAUCAUGGUCCACAAGACCCUGGACGGUGGACCUUCAUGUAUUUGGAAGCAAAUGCAAGCAGCAUCAAGGUUUCGGUUUCCAUUUUCAUAAGUCAUUGGAGUCCUAGAAAAUCAAGAACAGUUCCACAAUUUGUCAUGUCAUAAUGAAACGACUUUUGACAUUUAUUAAUGGGAAAGUGAGAUGGAUUCUUGCUUGUCUUUUCUGCGCCUACUUCUUACAGUGAGUCCUUGGGUCAACUUGUGUAGUAAGCCUGCUUGAAACUGUUUGCCUUGGAAGUCUACAAUUUUGACUUGAGACAAUAGAUCCCGGAGGGUGUCACUAGGAAAUUUCCACUGUUGAAAUCAUCCUCAAAGUCUCCUUACUUAACUUGAAAAAGAAAAAGAAAAGAAAAAGACAAGUAGAUAAUAUCUUAUUAGAGUUAUACUAUGAUUCUGUCAGUUAAUUAAAAUAGAGUAGGAAUGGGAUUAUCGAUUAACCUUAUAUAUAUCUUAUUUAUCGAUUCUCUGUUAACUUAUUCAGUUAAUUUCUCUUCUUAGAGCAAAUGUCGAAGCUAACUCCAAACAAAGCAAACGGUCUUGACAUGGAGAAUCAUUCAUGGGGCCAAAAUCUGCAAGAGGUGACUGUUAGCAUCCCAGUUUCUCAGGGAACCAGAUCAAGGGACGUUAUCUGCAAUAUAAAGAAGAAGUAUCUGAAGAUUGGGUUAAAGGGUCAGGCUCCGAUUCUUGACGGGGAGUUGUUCGGGACCGUGAAACCCGAUGAAUGUUACUGGAGCUUGGAGGACCAAAGCAUGAUCUCUGUGUUUCUGACCAAGUGUGAUAAGUCCAACUGGUGGAAAUCCUUGUUGAAGGGAGGUCCCGAGAUUGAUACUCAGAAGGCAGAACCUGAGCCGAGCAAGUUGUCUGAUUUGGACUUUGAAACGAGGUCAGCUGUCGAGAAGAUGAUGUUUGAUCAGAGACAGAAACAGUUGGGGCUUCCCACCAGCCAGGAGAUCGAGAACCAAGAGAUGCUCAAGAAAUUCAUGGCUCAGAAUCCGAAUUUCGACUUCUCCAAUGCAAAGAUGAUGUAAAGCCAAUAAGAUUAGCUUUAGGGUUAUUAUUAAUUAAUUAGAGUUAGACUAUUAAUAUAAAAUAAGAUUAAGAUUAAUUCUUUUUUUAUCUUUUAUUUAUUUAUUUACUUAAUAUAAACAGUUGUGCCGUUUA